CUAAUAUUCACUUUCUCUUCGUGGCUCGGUUGAAAGCCGGUCUUAAUCCACGCUGGUUCUGCAGCAUGAUGCAUCAGCAAUUUUCUCUCGAAUGCAGCCAACCACACCCCGUCUACUCAAGCAAUGCUGCCAUGAGUGACGCCGCAACAGGCGUGGCGCGGGGGAAAAGACAUGCGGCCUGUGAUGAGUGCAGAAGUCGCAAGCUGAAAUGCUCAGGGGAAGCUACUGGCUGCACUCGCUGCAUUAAACAAAGUCUCACUUGCCACUACUCUCUACAGAAACAGAUGGGACGGCCCCCAAAGAAGCGAAUGCGAGAAGAUGAGGAUCCAUCACCACCUUUCGGCCUACCAGGGAAUGAGCCAUGGACCAGUGAAUCGGAUUUUGCUUCCCUUGGACCGUCGACCAUAGAGUCAACCGAGACCGCCCCAUCAGACUACACCGGGCAGAUAAACUUCUUUACGGACGCAAAUAGCAACAUUGACGCUGGGCAAUUCCUCCUCAACAAGCCGAUAGAUGCAGCGCCAACGACAGUCAGUCCAUGGCCUGAUUUCUCCAAUGUCUCUUCAUCAGCAGCCAAUCUCUACACUCUCCCACCAGAUCUAUCCUUACUCCAGCAGUCCUCUACCGCCUCGUCUCCAAACUCAGAGGAAUCUGACCGCCAAUGCCCUUGUCUAUCCUGCCUUUACCUCUGUCUCAGCCACCUGUCUUCUCUCGCCCCAUUCCCCCUCUCCCACCACAACCUAUGCUCCCUCUACAUCGCAUCCAGAACCGCCCGAGCCGUCAUCCGCUGCGAGAUCUGUCCCCUCCGCUUCACAACAGGCAUGCAAAAUGUCACCUUCACCGGCACCUUAUUGACCGUCAUCGCCGAUACCUGGCUACGCAUAUCCAAAGUUAACGCCGUCGACUUCGGCCGACAAUCGGCACCACCGGCUUACGCCGCAGCAAUAGAUGCCUCCCCCAACCCUGCAAAAGGCUGGGAGGACUGGCUACGGCAAACCGUGCGAUACCGUGUAAUAGGAGGGCCGUGUGAUCCGGCCGGCAUGCCCCCGGGUGCAGAUGAUGGACCUAGCCUGCUUAGCCUUAUAGAGGAAAUGGAGGAGCGGCAACGGCGUUGGCAUCGUUCACACCCGCUGCCUGUCGAGGAACGUCAUCUUCCUAUACCGAAGACGGACGGGUCCAAGGAGGAGGAAUCGUGCCAUGAGCGGGAUGCGCUGUGCAUGCGCAUCAUUCAGAGCGCGCGCAAUGUCAUUCCAAAGUUUGGUUUCCAGCCAAGUGAUUAUCCGGAUGAUGCGGUUGCCAAGAAGACCGCUUGAUCUGGGACUGCCGGCAUCUUCGAUAU